AUGACAAGUCAGUUCCAAAAGGUCACGAUCCAACACGUCCCAAGAGAAAGGAACACACGGGCGGACCUCUUGUCCAAACUAGCGAGCACGAAGCCGGGAGCGGGUAACCGGUCUCUCAUCCAGGGCAUGGUGAAGGAGCCAACGGUCGCUCUCCAUCUGAUGGAGUCAAGCCCCUUGUGGUUGGACCCCAUCAUAAACUUCCUGGAACUCGGCAAGUUACCUGACGAUGAGAAAGCAGCCAAAACUUUGAGAAGAGAGGCGGCCAGAUAUGCGAUCAUACAAGGACAACUGUUCAAAAAGGGACUCAGCCAGCCCCUAUUGAAAUGUUUACACCCCGACCAAACGGACUAUGUACUUAGAGAAGUCCACGAGGGGCGUUGCGGGCACCACAUCGGGGGCAAAGCCCUAGCGAGGAAGCUCAUCCGAGCCGGGUACUAUUGGCCGACAAUGAUGAAAGACUCAAAGAAAUUUGUCAAAAGGUGCAUAAAGUGUCAACAAAACGCCAACUUCCACAAGGCACCGGCCUCCGAGCUGAGUUCGCUGACGACCACUCGACCUUUCGGUCAAUGGGGAGUUGACCUCUUGGGACCUUUCCCAGUGAUAACCCGUUUCGGUAUCCCAGAGGUCGUCAUCUCGGAUAAUGGGACACAGUUCACGGACAAGAAGUUCACGGAAUUCCUCUCUGGCCUGGGGAUAAAACAGAGGUUCUCCUCGGUAGAGCAUCCCCAGACGAAUGGGCAAGUAGAAGCCGCAAACAAAGUCAUCCUAUUUGGCUUAAAGAAGCGCCAAGACAACAAGAAAGGAGCAUGGGCCGACGAGCUCGCUUCUGUCCUAUGGUCCUACCGAACAACCGAGCAAAGCUCCACGGGGGAAACCCCUUUCCGCCUAACAUACGGGGUCGACGCGGUGAUACCCGUCGAAAUCGGCGAGCCAAGCCCCCGGCUACUGCUCGCAGGUGUGAAUGAAGCGGUGGAAAAGGACCUGGUGGAGGAGACAAGGGAGAUGGCUCACUUAUCAGAAACGGCGUUAAAACAAAGAAUAGCCCUGCGUUACAAUACUAAAGUCCUCAGAAGAGAUUUCGAGGAAAGAGACCUCGUCCUACGAUGCAACGACGUCGGCGUGCCGACCCCGGGAGAAGGGAAGCUGGCAGCAAAUUGGGAAGGUCCCUACAGGAUUAAAGAGGUGCUCGGAAAAGGUGCCUACAAGCUCGAAAGACUCGAUGGCAAGGAAAUACCUAGAACAUGGAAUGCGGGUAACCUAAGGUUCUACUCAUGA